AUGCUUUUUGAUGAUACGCAAAGUCACUCAUGGAGUGACAGGGAAAUCGACGAAAGAAGUGGCAUGAUCACACGGUUCUCGAUGCACCUUUGGAAUAUUGCCAACCACGCAUUUUUCAUCUUGGACAAUGGAUAUAUGGGCACUGCGCUUUUCAGUCUUCAAGUAGAUGACGUUGUCUUUCUGCUCGCUGGGUCACCGUGGCCUAUAAUUUUGCGGAGGGAUGAUAAUGGCGGCUACACUUUUGUUGCAGCCGCUUACGUCCACGGAGUCAUGUAUGGCGAGGCAUGGCCCCAAAGCUCAGAUCAACUGCAGGAUAUCGUUCUCGUUUAG